ACAUGGGGUGUUUGAUGAGUACAUUGACGCACGUGCCGAUAAGGUAAGCGGCAAGCCUCACUGUCUGUAUGGUUCUUGAAUUUCAUUUCCCAGAGUCAAGGGAGACAAAACAUUAUAUUAAUCCUUUCUCUUUCCUUUUUGUACGAAAACCCAUUCAAAGAACACAUAUCCCCUCUCCUAUAACUCUGGAUUCAUCACUCUCCCUCUUUUAUUAUCAUUCUAACAAUCCCUUCUUCCUACAACUUAAAAAGAAACACUCUGGUUUUGAUCCUUGUUGGUUUUGUUGAUCUGGGUAUAAUCGAAAAUUUGUUGGGGGGUGGCGAGUGGGGAUGAGGAAGAGGGAAAGGGAGAAUCCGUGUGGGAUAUGCGGCCACUAUCACAAGUACGAAGAAGAGGAAGUUUGUGGGAUAUGUGGCCAUAGAAUUCCCCUCUCUUCUGACAAAUCAUCGCUUCAAGUCAGUGCUUUUUCCUCCCUCAUCUUGCCUGGCUUUCUUUAUUUGGGUAGCUAUGAUAACGCCUCUCGCUCUGAGCUUCUAAAGACUCAGGGAAUUACUCAUGUCCUUAAUACUGUACCUGCUUGUCAAAAUCUCUACAAGAAUUCCUUUACCUAUCACUGUCUGCAAGAUGGCAAAAUUUUACUAUUUGAUGAUGCAAUACAAUUUUUAGAGCAAUGUGAGAGGGAUAAGGCUCGAGUCCUUGUUCACUGCAUGUCAGGAAAAAAUAGGUCACCAGCUAUUGUAGUAGCUUUCUUGAUGAAAUCUAAAGGAUGGAGGCUUCCACAAAGCUACCAGUGGGUGAAAGAACGGAGACCAUCUGUUGAUAUAAGUCAAGCCGUCUACCAGCAAUUGCAGGAAUAUGAGCAAAAGCUGUAUGGAUCAUCAAAUAGUAGCAAUCUUGCUCUGCUUUCCUUCCAACCUGGUGGAGCUCCACUCAACUUCAGCCUCUCAGAGGUAAAAGAUCCAGUUCCGGUUCCGGUUCCAGUUCCUAUUCCUGCUUUCAGUAAUAUCGGCGGUGCAUCUAUAUUUGCCCGUCUGCUACCACACGAGUUCACGUUUGGAGCCGGUCAGACCCAGAAAAAUGUCUCUGAAAACCUAGCCAACCCUAGUGGCUGUGAUAUUUCAAUGGAUAACACUUAAAAUGGCUGUAAAUUACCAGUAAAUGUCUAAAUUUUCUGGCUUGUUAGAUUUGGCGAGUUGGUACCUUCUUUCUCUGGGUGCCUUUGAAUGUUAAUGAAGCCCACACUUAUGGCUCGUCCCAAAUUUCAUAUACAAAGAUAACGUCCAUCCAUGCAUCCAUACUAAUUAUUUUUCUUCAUUUCCAUAUUAGUACGUUCUUGUUCUGAAGCAGUAUGAACAGUUUCCUGUAAUAUGCCAUUAUAGUAGGUAAUAUGCUGCGCUUCCCAUUUUAACAGGAGUACUGCAAGUAAAAAAACAUAUUACUCAAUUAACAUUAAACAACGAGGCAUUGAUAAAUUUAUGUCUCUUCUCAUAUCAUCCUAUAAAAAUAAAGUACAAAGGAAAAGAAAUUUACAUCAUUGACUUGCAACAUUUCCAAACCAAGUUAGUUCUUUACAAAUAAUUUCUGGAAUUAUUACGAUACAAGUACGCAGAAUCCUGCAUCUAUAUCUGUGUCUGUUCAUUCACACAAUUUCACAAUUUACCUCUUAUGCAAUUUCUUCACCAUUUUGAAUUGUCUUUUAGCCGUAUAUAUUAACACACAUUUCAAAGGUUUAUAAUAAAACUAGUAGGCAAUACAUGUUUCAAGGGAGGACUUGGCUAGCCAUAAAAGACCAGGGUCGUUCCG